AUGGCGUGGGAUGAGAAGAACCGCGACGAAUGGGCAAAGCAGUUCCUGGAGCGCCUCGGCCCCGAAAGGAAAACCUUCAAGGAGACUCAGAUCCCGCUGGAGGGCACGGAAGGUGCCACAAUGAGCUUCUUUCGCGUCGAGACAAAAGGCGAUUGUGCCUUGGCGAUGAAAGGUGGUAAAUCCCAGCCGAUCUUCGAGCUCAGGAUCGAUCUGGACUGGAAGGUGGAGCAGCCUAUCGAGAAAGGAAAAUCCAUCCUGGAAGCGAAGGGUCAGAUCCAAGUCACGGAUUUCAGCUCGGAGGACAGUGGGGCGCCACAGAUGAAACUCAUUUGCGACAACCAGCUGCCUCCAGGUGCAACCCCCGCUUUCCAGGACCUCCCCAAGAAACUGAAGUAG